AUGCUCACCGGUGCUACAUUAUUAUACAACCAUCACAAGACAAUCUGUAAAAAGAGGAAAGGAAAAUUAGUGAUGCAUGUUACGAGUGAUGGCUCAUUAGAGACCGUCGCCGACUCGAGGAUGGAAAGUAUCGUCAUUCGGAAAGCCUUCCACGUCGUCGGGAUCGCCGACUUCCUUACUCAGUCUCCCGAGCGGCGGACAGAUGGGGUCUCCGCGCAUCCCAUUCAAGGGCAGACAUGGCGGCUGGCAAGCUUCGCUUGGGACGACGACGACGAGUCCCUCGACGAGGCGCCGGAGUUUGGAGAGCAUCAUGAUUUCGAUGAUCCAGGAAGCGCUAGAUGGGAAAGUUUAGAGACUCGUGGGCUUCCUGGAAACGGUUCGCCUUAUGAAGGCGGGGGCGGUAGUUCUUCCCAUAGUUGA